UGUGACCGCAGCCCGAGGCGGCGCGCGCCCGGGGGCGCUUCCCCGCCCUCUGAUGCCAGCCCCUAGCGCAUGGCUGGCCCCACAUCCCCCCUUGCCGCAGUCCGUGGGCUCCCCGCGGUGCCUUCAAACAGGGGCUUCAUGCCUUUGCCUUGGGGCCCUUCCUAGCCUAGCCCCGCCCCAGGAAAACCAGUCUCCUCGGAGGCACCUCUGCUGUGAGCCCUUCAGAAGCCAGCUAGCUGCCAGGCCCAGGCAGGUGGCCAGCGAGGCUCACGGCCCAUUUGCACAGCCAGAAUUCCCCGCCCUACGUCGUCAACCUGGACCCUGCUGUGCGCGAGCUGCCUUUUGCAGCCAACAUCGAUAUCAGAGACACAGUGAAGUACAAAGAAGUCAUGAAACAAUAUGGUCUGGGCCCAAAUGGUGGAAUAGUGACUUCUCUCAAUCUCUUUGCUACAAGAUUUGAUCAGGUGAUGAAGUUUAUUGAAAAGCGGCAGAACACAUCUCAAUAUGUUCUUAUUGAUACACCAGGACAGAUUGAGGUGUUCACCUGGUCAGCCUCAGGCACUAUCAUCACUGAGGCACUGGCUUCCACUUUUCCUUCAGUUGUCGUUUAUGUGAUGGACACAUCUCGCAGCACCAACCCUAUCACCUUUAUGUCUAACAUGUUAUAUGCUUGCAGUAUUCUGUACAAAACAAAACUACCUUUUAUUUUGGCCAUGAACAAGACAGAUAUCAUUGAUCACAGUUUUGCAGUAGAAUGGAUGCAGGAUUUUGAGAUCUUCCAAGAUGCCUUGAAUCAAGAGACAACGUAUGUUAGUAACCUGACUCGUUCCAUGAGCCUGGUGUUGGAUGAGUUUUACAGCUCACUUAAGGUGGUUGGUGUUUCUGCUGUGCUGGGUACAGGACUGGAUGAAUUUUUUGUGAAAGUCUCUGAAGCUGUAGAUGAAUAUGAGAGGGAGUAUCGUCCAGAAUAUGAGCGUCUGAGAAAAUCAUUGGCAAAAGCCCAGAGCAAGCAGCAGAAAGAGCAGCUGGAACGUUUGUGGAAAGACAUGGGCUCUGUGGCUAUGGAGAGCAACUCACUUGCAGAUUCUUCUGACACUUCUGCAUUGGGCCCCUCUGACUUGAUCAUGACACGAGGAACUUUGGAUGAGGAAGAUGAAGAGAGAGUGAGUGAUACUGAUGAUAUUGACCAUCAAGAUGCGAACACCUUCAGGAAACUUUCAGGCACCCUGGUCGAGCGUCUCCACCAGAUAAGAAAGCAUCCAAGAUGCAGCAAAGAAAUGUUCUGGGAGGUACUGCAGUGCACCAAUGAAAAAAAAAGGGAACGCAAGGAGUGCUGGGAAGCUGAAUGGCAGGAUAGAAAAGAGAAUCACGUGUUUGUUAAUGAUGCAACUGAGUGGAUGAUUAAAGUAAUGGAGGAGCAAAGGUAGAUCCUGAUGUUCUUAAUGCUGCAGACCGAGCAGAUCCGUGCUCUACCUCCACUGCAGUACAUUCCAAACUGUUCCAUUGCCCCUCCUCCCCCAAACUCUGCCCACACCGUCCUUUCCACUUUCCGGGACUUCUCAGUUUCUCCUUCGUUCCACCCCGUCCUACAACUUUCACAAUGAUAGCUAGACCUACACACAGUUAUGAAAGUCUGCCCUUCACUAGUUACUCCUUUACUACCAAGCAUCUUUGUGUUUCUGUGCACUGUUUCUUGUGCAAGAAACACAAAGUUUUAUAAUGGUAAAUCAUUUUUAUUUUUUUUCCUACACAUUGCGAUUGCAGGCACUGCCAAUACAUGCACAGGCAUUUUAAUCAUUUUCUUACUGGAAUAUAAGGCACCAAAUGUCACCAUUGUGUCAUAGACUCACAGGACUCGUGCUCUCUCUUGGCUCUGUACGAUCCCUGGAAGGAACCCCUUUCAGUGUGGCAGCCCUUCUCAGAGGUCCACUCUCUCUUGGGGGUUAAGCCAUAGGCCCCUCCGCCUUCUGGAAUCACACCUCUCAGCACACCUAUCUCUCGCCGAGGGGCCCCUCCAGGGAGUCCACUCGCUCUGGACCCCUGGAGCCUCCGCUUCCAGAGGGAAUAAUGCAACCCUGAUCUCUAGACCGGAGUGACUUUCAGCCAGCAUAAAACAGGUUUUAUUGAGCAUCUGAACCCAGCACAAGAAACUCUCUGGGCCCUCGGGCCUAGCAUCCCACAGCACAGUACAUCUAGGUCUCUCCUGCAUCCAAGUGGGCUCUGGCUGCUCUCUCCCCCCAGUCCAGAAGCCCCCUCCGUCCAGCUGGGUAUCCGAUAUCAUUGUCUCCCAAGUUCACUGCAAUACUGUUGGACUGCGCCAAAGACCCCAGGCCAGUAAAAGUUCUGCAGCAGCCUCUGCCUUGUGCGCCAGAUUCCCUGAUGCCCCAAAAAAGGGAAUAUCAUGGGCCAAGUACAACAGUGUGUGGGGAACAGUCUGGGGAACCACCAGCUGCUUCCUGACUUUCCAAAGUUCAGUGUGCCCCAUACCAGCCCAUUUCUGGUACAGGAAUCCCUUCUCCCACCAGAAUCUCUAGUGGUGGUCCUCCCCAGGGGUCCUGCACCACUGUGGCCAGCAAGGGCCCUCAGCUUCUCUAAGGAGGGGUCCUCCUGUAGCUCUGUCUGGAAUUCAGCUGCUGGGUUUAGGGCACAGCUCUGGUUGGACAAGGAUGUGCAGUUUCCCCACUUUGGGACAGAGGUUCAGGCUCUACCUUCGGUGCUUCGCUCCCCUAGCCCCCUUCCAUUGGGAGGUUCCAUGCUGUCAGACUGGGACUGGGUGUUCCUUGCUGGCUCUGGCUCUGGGUAAGGACCAGGGAGCUGAGGGCCAUCCAACCAGUCCUCCAAGUCAUUACCCAUUAGCACCUCCAUGGGUAGCUGAACAUGCACCCUGACCUCUUUAGAGCACCUCCUUAGCCCCCAUUUCAGAUGUAUCCUCUCUACAGGCACAUUGAUGGGGGGCCCGAACACCCCCCCUCGGUCAGGUAUGCAUUGGGCACUAGCUGCUCUGGGUUCACCAUCUCCAGCCAGGCCAGUGUCACCUCCGCACCUGUGUCCCAGAACCCCUGGACACUCCUUCCCCUCACCUCAAUAGGGAUGAUGUGGCAUUGUCCCCAGGGGUCUGUCCCAUGCUCACCCAGUGAAUUGAGUGCAGGCGCUCUGGGGCUGGAGCCCCUGCCUUCCCCAGCUGACCUGGCCUGACCCUCCCUUCCCCCUGGUCCUACCACAUCGACCAUGGCCCCUGGACUGGUGCUGCUCCCUGUGGGUGGGCUUCCACCUUGUUGACACUCCGAGGGUUCUGCUUGGCCACCAUUUCCUUCAUCUUCAGGCAUUGCGCCACUUUGUAUCCUUUUUGGCCACAGUAAUUACAUUUCAGGUCCCUCAAGUCCCAUGAGGGGGUUGGCCCACCCCAGCAUUCAUGAGCACCCCUGAGAUGUACUUCCUGGUGUUGGGGACACUGGGGCAUGGCCACUAGGUAACUCGAGGGGAUGGAAGACCAUGAGUGUCGAUGAAGCCCCCUUGCACUAGGCUCAAGUGCCCUUGGCCCCCCCCCACCUGGAAGCACUCGCAGCAGUUAUGCUGAGGAUCUGCAACAAUAUGUUGCAGAGUCAGACUGCCUGAAACUAAACAAGGCCAAACAGGGCAGAUAUGGAAGAACAAUGCUGAAUAAAGCAGCUUUAUGUAUGGUUUAACAGAUGGUACAGAGAACAAGGGAGCUAGCUGGUAACUGGAUUGGCUGGCUAUAUGGAUACUUAGGGCAGCUUGCUAUUGGAUAAGUAUGCUGAAGAAAGGAUGUAUAAAAGCCUGUGUAACUUCCUGCUCGGUGUGCAGGAUUUGAGAUUCUAUUCUCCCUGUACCUUGUUUGCAGCUGCAAAUAAACUUUUCUGCUUCUCCA